GGGCCAAACUCUAUGAGCAGUGAAUUCUUAUUCUAUAACUGUAUUCAGCAUUGUUGGGAUAUUUCGACACCUUUCUUGUUAUUUGGUAACUGCAUGAAACCAACAAUAGUUUUUUGGACCCCAUGGGAAGACGGGAAUUCCUUUGGCUCAUGACCUUUUGAGAAAUACAGUUUCAUGGUGCUGACUUAAUUGAGCGAAGCGACGAUGAAGUCUUUACUGCACGAUGAAGUGGAAAGUCGUGCGCUGCCUCCAAAAGUCAAAAAUCGCACACGCAAUGAAGGAAUGUUAUACCAGAAGCGCGGAAGUGAAGGAACGAUGAGGCAUAUUUUGUCGGAUCCGGCCAUUGUUCCUCCCAGGCCCAAACCCACUAAAAAACGGGAAGAGAAAAACUUCACUCAAGAAAACAUCCGCCGAAUCCGUCAGAUUGCCGUGCAGCGUGAAUUGGUCCAGCAGAAUUACAAUAAAAGCCUCGCGGCAACGUGGUCAAUAUCCAGACCAGCAGCCAAUUCCAUUCCUGCUUCUGGUCAGAGACCAACCGGUGCCAAUCGCCCAUUGUCCGGCUUGCCCCGCCCACAGAACACUGCACCGCCCCGACCGGCGCGUCCCUUGGCCCCAUUAAACUCUACUGUGAUACGUUCCCGAUCUCAAACCAGUCUCCCGACAUCCGAUCCGAGUCUGCGCCAGCGGAAUGCAUCCUACAAUCGCCUGAACAGAACCGGCGGGGUCACUGUCUCCCCCCUGCGACCAACAUCCAGUGUCCAGGCGCUCAACCGGACAUCCAAAAACUUCGUGCAGGUGAACACACAGAAUCUCCUGCCCCGGUCACGCUCGGCCGCCGACCUCCGCGGCCGACCGACGGGACCGCGUUCGGUGCCGGUUAAACCGGAAAUGCCCCGAAAUAAGCCGGGAGCAUUACCACAAUACUUAUUGGACAGACGCCAAGAAUGGAAAAAAAGCGAAGAAGAAGCUAAGAUAGCCGCCCAACAACCGAAACUUCCGCCCGGCUGUUAUAUCAUGCCAGAAGACGAGAGGCUGGCCCUCAUACAGCAACUCCAACAAAGCAGAGAGAAGAAAGAGCGAGAAAUCUUCCUCCUUCCGGUACGCAGCGACACACUGCGUGCUCAGCGGAAACGGCAGGAACUGGAAGCGGCGGUAGCGGAAAUUGAAGAAGGCCUGGAGAUCUUAUCGAAACCCACCGUGGUGGUCCAGGAUCCCAACGCCCCCACGCGGUCCCCCUCCGUGACCUUUGCCCCGCCACCGCGACCGGUCAGUGCCAAGGUCGCCAACGGCCGACCGGUCCCGAAAGGCAAACCGGUGUGGAAUCGCGGUGCCGUUGACCAUAAUAAAGGUCUGGUCAAUCCGAAACUGCUGACAAAGAAAGCCAGUUCCGGCAGUUUGGAGAAUGUGAAGAAGCCGCCUUCUCCGCUGCGGGUUCCCAUUAUCAACAGCCAUACGAAAAUCUUCAAGAAAACUAUGUAAAAAUGAAUUAUUGUCAUUUUGUAAUUAGUUUUAUUGUGUCUUUCCAUACGCAUAACACAGUGUCAUGUUUCGCCCAAACAUUUGUUAAGUUGUGGUGUUAAUGCCAAUGAAAUAACGUUGAUGCGUGCUUCUACUCUCUGACUUGUUCCAACGGUAUUUCUCAUGCACG